AUGGAUUUUACAGAGGCAUAUGCUGAUACAUGCUCCACGGUUGGACUUGCUGCCAGAGAAGGCAAUGUUAAAGUAUUAAGAAAACUGCUCAAAAAGGGGCGUAGCAUUGAUGUUGCUGAUAACAGGGGAUGGAUGCCAAUUCAUGAAGCAGCUUAUCACAACUCUGUAGAAUGUUUGCGGCUGUUAAUUCAUGCAGAUUCAUCUGAGAACUACAUCAAGACAAAGACUUUUGAGGGCUUCUGUGCAUUACAUCUGGCUGCAAGUCAGGGACAUUGGAAGAUCAUACAGAUUCUUUUAGAAGCUGGGGCAGAUCCGAAUGCAACUACUUUAGAGGAAACCACACCACUGUUUUUAGCUGUUGAAAAUGGACAGAUAGAUGUGUUAAGGCUGCUGCUUCGAUAUGGAGCAAAUGUUAAUGGAUCCCAUUCUAUGUGUGGAUGGAACGCCUUGCACCAGGCUACUUUUCAGGAAAAUGCUGAGAUCAUAAAAUUGCUUCUUAAAAAAGGAGCAAACAAGGAAUGCCAGGAUGACUUUGGAAUCACACCUUUGUUUGUGGCUGCUCAGUAUGGCAAGCUAGAAAGCUUGCGCAUACUUGUAUCUUCGGGUGCAAAUGUCAAUUGUCAAGCCUUGGACAAAGCUACUCCCUUGUUCAUUGCUGCUCAAGAGGGCCACACAGAAUGUGUGGAGCUUUUGCUCUCCAGUGGGGCAGAUCCUGAUCUUUACUGUAAUGAGGACAAUUGGCAGCUACCUAUACAUGCAGCUGCACAGAUGGGCCAUACAAAGAUCUUGGACUUGUUAAUACCACUCACUAACCGGGUUUGUGACACUGAGCCAAACAAAGUGAGUCCUGUGUACUCAGCAGUGUUUGGAGGGCAUGAGGAGUGCCUGGAAAUGUUGCUCCAGUCUGGUUACAGCCCAGACGCCCAGAUGUGCCUUGUCUUUGGAUUCAGUUCUCCCUUGUGUAUGGCUUUCCAAAAGAACCGUGACUUCUUUGGAAUUGUAAAUAUUCUUUUGAAAUAUGGAGCUCAGCUAAAUGAACUUCAUUUGGCAUACUGCCUGAAGUAUGAGAGGUUUUCAGUAUUUCGCUACUUUUUGAAGAAAUGUUGCCCAUCAACACCAUGGGACCACUUACCUGAAUUUAUAAAUCACGCAGUUAAAGCACAGACAAAAUAUAAAGAAUGGUUGCCAUCUCUGCUGCUUGCUGGAUUUGACCCACUGAAUCUACUGUGCAGUUCCUGGAUUGACUCAGUCAGUGAUGACAUUCUUAUCUUCACUUUGGAGUUUACUAAUUGGAGGAGACUUCCUCCAGCUGUUGAAAAGAUGCUGUCUGCUCGUGCCUCAAACUCCUCUUGGGCUCUCCAGCAACAUAUUGCCUCUGUUCCAUCCCUGACCCACCUUUGUCGUUUGGAAAUUUGGUCCCGUCUAAAACUAGAACACCUACAGUCUGAUGGUUUUAUCCGUCAGUUACCUCUUCCCAGAAGCCUACAUGAUUAUUUACUCUAUGCAGAGGUUUUGAGGAUGAAUGAAGUUCCAGAACUGGCAGUUAUUCAAGAUGGAGAAAUCAGUGAAACCACUUAA